CGAUGGUUAAGUAGCUCCAGCGGCAUACCGUACCGACUGUUCUUCUAGACGGUGGGCGGCGGCUGAGCUUGAGCUCGCUAGGGUUUCUUCGACUUCGCUUCGAUCCGAGUGUUUGAUCUUAGUCUUUUUCGUCUCAGAUCCUGGAUUUCUACGUGCAUAGGUCGAGGGAGCAGCGUCUCGCUGAUGGAGCUCGCCGAGGGGAACGAGAAGACGGUCGGCGGCGAGUUCGAGUGCGAGUACGAUGUUGAGGAGAUUGAGGAGGAGGUCGAGGAAUAUGAAGAAGAAGAAGAAGUGGAGGAAGAAGAAGAAGAAAUGGGAGGCGGAGGCCUCGAUCGUAGCGCAGGGGAAGGAGAAGGUGUUGGAAUUGGAGAUAGAAGAGAAGACUCACCGCGUAAGAGAUCGGAAAAUGUGGAUAACGGUGAAGAGGAGAUGAAGCAAGCUGAUGCUGCUACCUCUUCAGCAGGAAAAAUCUUUGUCGGUGGUGUUGCUUGGGACACUACGGAAGAAACAUUCAGUAGGCAUUUCAGCAAGUAUGGCGAGAUCACUGAUUCGGUCAUAAUGAAGGACAAGAACACCCUUAUGCCAAGAGGUUUUGGGUUUGUCACAUUUGCUGAUCCGUCUAUUAUAGACAAGGUUUUGGAAAAUGAGCAUGUCAUAGAUGGGAGAACUGUGGAAGUUAAAAGAACAGUUCCAAGGGAAGAAAUGCCUUCAAAAGCAGGAAUCAAGACGAAGAAAAUCUUUGUGGGAGGGAUACCCACAUCUCUAACUGAAGAUGAGCUUAAGGAGCACUUCUCCUCAUAUGGUGAAGUAGUUGAGCGCCAAAUAAUGUUUGACCAUGCUACUGGCCGAUCAAGAGGUUUUGGUUUUGUCACCUUCAAAGAUGAGGAAUCUGUUGAUAAAAUUAUUUCCAAAGGCAAGAUGCAUGAUUUCGACGGAAAGCAAGUUGAAAUCAAGAGGGCUGAACCAAAGAGGUCCAGUGGCAAUCAGAGAAAGAACGAGAGGGCUAGUUAUGAUGCUCACAGCAGGAGUGGCAGUGGAUACCGAGCAAACUCUUAUGGUUAUGGUGGUGGUCAAUACGAUAUGUAUUAUGGUGGAGGAAGUGCAGGCUAUGGUUAUGGGAGAGGCUACGGCUACGGUGGCGUCCAAAGUUAUGGCGGCGGCUAUGGAGCUAACUAUGGUGGCUACAUGUAUGGAGGUGGGGGAUUCAACGGCGGGAAUAUGUACGGUGGCCCAAGCGGAUAUGGUGGGUGGUAUGGUGGUUACGGCAAUGGCCGAGGAGGUUAUGGGAGCAGGUACCACCCCUACACCAAAUGAGUUAUUGUUACGGAGCUUCAAUCAAUUCACUGAUGCAGAGAUUUACACGAUGGUGAUCUCUCAAACUAAACUGUUUACAGCUCUCGUUCUCAAGAAUUGCCCUAGAGAAAGUGUUUAUUACAUUUUUGCAAGCAUACAUCUGACAGAUUUUAGAUUUUAUUCAUGGCGAAUCUUUUAAGCUUUGUUCUUGACUUAGUUCCUAGUCAUGAAUCGACUCCAUGGCAUGUAUCUGACUCAAAUUUGUUAGUUUGAACAAUCUCUUUGUUACA